AUGGAUCUUGAAACUCAAAAUAAAAGUAAUAUUGCAAUUUUGUUGCAUCAUAGCAAUACUACUACCUUAUAUGACCCAGGUUUCCCCUCCUGGGAUGACUACAGUGGAAGUAUACACGAUAUAAGCUAUUUACUCGUUGGGAUUUAUAUAUUUAUAAGUGUUCUUGGGAUCCUUGGAAAUUUUUGCAUCCUAGUUGCACUGUAUAAAAACCUGAAGCAGAAGUCAAUGAUUAACUUUUUGAUUGGCAACUUGGCUUUAUCUGACAUUUUGAUUCUGUUGUUCUGUACACCAUUUACACUGACAUGUCUCCUUCUGGAUCAGUGGAUCUUUGGGGAAGUCAUGUGUUAUAUUGUGCCAUUUGUUCAGUGCGUGUCAGUCAUGGUUUCUACAUUAAUGCUGAUGUCAAUCGCCAUGGUCAGGUAUCAUAUGAUAAAUCAUCCACUCUCCAAUCAUGUUACCAUAAACACAGGAUAUAUGUUACUGGGAAGUGUGUGGAUUAUUGGAUUCACAAUUUGCUCACCUUUACCCAUCUUUCAUAAAGUCAUACAUUUGAAUGAAACUUUUGACUCAGAAUCCUUAAAGAUUAGAUACCUAUGCAUUGAGUCAUGGCCAUCCAAUUCUUACAGAAUUGCCUACACAAUUUCCUUGUUGUUCAUCCAGUAUAUUUUGCCGAUAGUUUGUCUCACAAUCAGCCAUGCCAGUGUUUGUAGGAAAGUCAGUGCCGCCAUGCCAAGCAAACAGAGCGGAUUCGAGGAGAAUGAAAUGAUAAAUUUAACCAUACAUCAGCCGGCGCAAAAUCAGUCUCGAAUGAAACUGUCAAAGAUGCAAGGUUGGGGCUAUUCCUUUGUGAGGAAACACAAGAAGCGAUAUAGCAGGAAGUGUGCCAGUGUUGUGCCAGCCAUGGUCAAAGUGCAUAAGAAUGAGCCCACUCGUGAUGACCUUCUAGUGACUCCUGGUUCUGAGAGUACUCAGCCUUUGCCCACUUCCUUUCUUCCUGGGGUACCUGUAUGUUUCGAGAUGAAAGCUACAGCAGCUGAAGAGGCCAUAGAGCCACAGCAUGUUUAUGUGACCCCAAAAUCUGUCACCAGAUUGAGGAAAAGAUCCCGCAGUGUUUUCUACAGACUGACCAUCGUGAUCAUUGCCUUUGCUGUCAGCUGGAUGCCCCUGAACCUUUUUAUCCUCUUGACGGACAUCAAUGGCAACUUGAUUUCCAGUAGGCACUUCAAGCUGGUUUACUGCAUUUGUCACCUAUUGGGAAUGUUGUCCUGUUGCCUGAAUCCCAUAUUGUAUGGGUUCUUGAACAAUGGUAUCAAAUCCAGUUUGCAAUCCUUGAUUAAAUGCUUUCACGUGGGAUGA